AUGUUCACUCUUCCAAAUCUGAAAUAUAGUUAUAAAUCUCUAGAGCCUUAUAUAAGUGAAGAUAUAAUGGAGACCCACCACUCUAAGCACCAUCAAGCGUAUGUAGACACUCUUAAUAAAAUAAUAUUAGAUAACAAUUUGUGUGGUAAAUCAUUAAAUUCAUUACUUUUUAAUAAUAAAGGAAAUGCACUUGUUGAUAAACAAUUAAGAGAUUAUGGUGGUGGUCAUUACAACCAUAGUCUUUUCUGGUUGGUAAUGUCACCAGAAAAUAAAAAGAUUUCUUCCCAGUUAGAAAGUGCUAUAAUAAAAGACUUUGAAUCAAUAAAUAAAUUUAAGGAGAAUUUUAAUACUGAAGCUGUAAAAUUAUUUGGAUCAGGAUGGGUGUGGUUGAUAUAUAAAGAUAAAUUGUGUAUUAAGACCAGUGUUAAUCAAGAUAAUCCUAUGAUGGAGGAUGGUGAAUGUAUUCCUUUACUAUGUCUUGAUGUAUGGGAACAUGCGUAUUAUUUACAGUAUAAAAAUAGGAGAAAAGAAUACAUUAAUGAAUGGUGGAAUGUAAUUGAUUGGGAUGUAGUUAAUGAAAUAUAUCAAAAAUGUGUGGUAGAAAAGAAAGGUAAUGUGUUUAUUACUGAUGAUGGUCAAUUAUGCAUAAAUUAA